AUGGAAGAAGUUUGUACCAAAUGGAAAGAAGCAUGCGAACUUGUUUGGUAUGACAUUAAAAAAUACAAAUGUGAAUCAUCAAUUGGACGUUCUUAUGAUAAUCGUUUGUUGACACAAUCAUACCUCGAGAAAAUAUUAUUAAGAUGUGGUAAAUAUCUAAAAGAAUUGUCUCUCUCAGAUGUUUGUGAUUUUAGUAUUAUGCCAUUUGUUGGUGAUCACUGUAAAAAUUUAACAAGUCUUGAAUUAUCAUCUAUUGAUGAUGAGCUACUUUCUUCUCCAUGUGUUCUUGAUAAGUUAUCAACAUUGCAAUGUCUUGAACAUCUAUACUUGUGUUAUGUAGUAAAUCUUAAAGAUAGUACAAUUACUGCUAUUGCUAAUAAUUGUAAAAACCUAAAAAGUUUAGAUGUUCGAGGUUGCACAGGUCUUACUGAGACAGCUCUCGUUGCUUUUACAAACUUGGAAAAUUUAGAAAAACUAGAUAACCUAAAAAGUUUAGAUAUUGGAAAAUGCAGAGCUAUUACUAAAACAGGUCUCGAUGCUUUAACAAAAUUGGAAAAUUUACAAAGACUAGAUGUAAGCUAUCUUAAUACUAUUACAGACAGCUUUCUUAUUAAACUAAAAGGAUUAAAAACAUUGAAUUGUAAUGUUAGCAAGGAAUUCACUGAUGCUGGUAUUAUUCAAUUUAUAAAAAACAAUCCAGAUCUUGAAAAGAUUUGUGUUAGGGGUAUAGAUAAUAUUACAACUGAUAUGGUUAUUGCUGCUGAUCAGGCAACUAAAAAUCGUACAAAUGGUAUUGUUUUACACAUCAUAUGUGGUCCGUUAUUAAUAGAAUAUUCCAAGUCAUUAAUAACAUCUCAAUGGUUGGUUGUUGAAUAG